AUGUCUCAGCCUGCCAAUUCCCUUGAGGAUCCGGUUCUGCCUACUAGCCCCCAGCUCGGUGGUGCAGUGGGCUAUCCCGAGACUCUGCCCAACAUGGAUGCUAUCAGUGGAGUGAUCAAGCCCGCCGCCAUCCCCGUCCGGGGUGGUUCGGACCGGUUGGCAGCUCUCGAGCUUGCAGAUGGCACUGUUUACCAGGGUUACAACUUUGGUGCUGAGAAGAGUGUAUCGGGCGAAUUAGUCUUCCAGACCGGUAUGGUCGGUUACCCCGAGUCCAUUACCGACCCCUCAUACCGCGGCCAGAUUCUGGUCGUCACUUUUCCCGCUCGUCGUCAGAUUCACAUCUCGGCCCUGGUGGUGGCAGCCUACGCCGGUGAGGACUUCUCGCACUACUUGGCCAAGUCCUCUCUAGGCCAAUGGCUCAAGUCAGAGGGAAUUCCAGCCAUGCACGGUGUUGACACUCGUGCUCUGACCAAACGCCUUCGCCAGACCGGUUCCAUGCUUGGUCGCAUGCUGCUGCAAAAAUCCACCACCACCGUCGAUGCUGCUGUUGCCGCUGGUGCCAACUGGAAGUCCCACUUCGAGGAGACCGAAUGGGUGGACCCAAACCAGAAGAACCUCGUCGCUGAGGUCUCGAUCCGCGAGCCCCGGCUAUUCACACCCCCCGCAAAUGUCGCCCUCAAACACCCCUCGGGCCGCGGAGUCCGCGUCCUGUGCUUGGAUGUCGGUAUGAAAUACAACCAGCUGCGUUGCUUACUUGCCCGUGGUGUGGAGGUUUUGGUUGUGCCCUGGGACUACGAUUUCCCCACUCUCGCUGGGAAGGACUUCGACGGUCUGUUUGUGUCGAACGGUCCCGGUGAUCCUGCGACCCUGACUGUUACUAUCAACAACUUGGCCAAGAUGUUCGAGGAUGCUCGCACUCCCGUUUUCGGUAUCUGUCUGGGUCACCAGUUGAUUGCCCGUGCCGUCGGCGCCCAGACCACCAAGAUGAAGUUCGGUAACCGCGGACACAACAUUCCUUGCACAAGCAUGCUCUCUGGCAAGUGUCACAUCACAUCCCAGAACCACGGUUACGCCGUGGAUGCUAGUAGUCUCCAGAACGGAUGGGAGGAGCUUUUCGUCAACGCCAACGAUGGCAGUAACGAAGGUAUCCGUCACACCGGCCGCCCCUUCUUCAGUGUGCAGUUCCACCCCGAGAGCACCCCUGGACCCCGAGACACCGAAUACCUGUUUGAUGUGUUCAUCGAUACCAUCAAGUCUACCAUUGCCUCGCCUGAGGCUUUGAACAUGCCUGUCGCGUUCCCCGGUGGCACCAAGGCCGAGAACAUCAAGGCUUCUCCCAGAGUCUCAGUCAAGAAGGUUCUGGUUCUUGGUUCCGGUGGUCUCAGCAUUGGCCAGGCCGGAGAGUUCGAUUACUCUGGCAGUCAAGCCAUCAAGGCCUUGAAGGAGGAGGGCAUCUACACCAUUCUGAUCAACCCCAACAUUGCCACCAUCCAGACCUCCAAGGGCUUGGCUGACAAGGUUUACUUCCUGCCUGUCAACGCCGAAUUUGUGCGCAAGGUCAUUAAGCACGAGCGUCCUGAUGCCAUCUACGUCACUUUCGGUGGCCAGACUGCCCUUUCGGUUGGUAUUCAGCUCAAGGACGAGUUUGAGGAGCUUGGUGUCAAGGUUCUCGGUACUCCCAUUGACACCAUCAUCACCACCGAGGAUCGUGAGUUGUUUGCCCGCAGCAUGGAUUCCAUCAACGAGAAGUGUGCCAAGUCUGCUUCCGCCUCUACCAUCGAGGAGUCUCUGAAGGUCGUUGAGGACAUUGGUUUCCCCGUUAUUGUUCGUGCCGCCUACGCUCUUGGUGGUCUCGGCAGUGGUUUCGCCGAGAACAUGCAGGAGCUCGAGGAUCUUUGCACCAAGGCAUUGGCCGUCAGUCCUCAGGUGCUGAUCGAGCGCAGUAUGAAGGGCUGGAAGGAGAUUGAGUACGAGGUCGUUCGUGAUUGCCAGGACAACUGUAUCACUGUCUGCAACAUGGAGAACUUCGAUCCCCUUGGCAUCCACACUGGUGACUCCAUUGUUGUGGCACCCUCUCAGACGCUCUCGGACGAAGAUUAUAACAUGCUGCGUACCACCGCUGUCAAUGUCAUUCGUCACCUUGGCGUGGUCGGCGAAUGUAACAUUCAGUAUGCCCUCAACCCCUUCUCCAAGGAGUACUGCAUUAUUGAGGUCAACGCUCGUUUAUCUCGAUCCUCUGCCCUAGCCUCUAAGGCUACCGGAUAUCCUCUUGCCUUCAUUGCUGCCAAGUUGGGUCUCAAUAUUCCCCUGAACGAGAUCAAGAACUCGGUCACUCAGUCCACCUGCGCAUGCUUCGAACCAUCGCUCGAUUACUGCGUGGUUAAGAUUCCCCGUUGGGAUCUGAAGAAGUUCACCCGAGUGUCUACCCAGCUCGGUUCGUCUAUGAAGAGUGUCGGUGAGGUCAUGAGCAUUGGCCGAACUUUCGAAGAGGCCAUUCAGAAGGCCAUUCGGUCCGUUGAUUUCCACAACCUUGGCUUCAACGAGUCCAAUGCCCUCAUGUCUAUCAAGGGCGAGCUCCAAACUCCCUCCGACCAGCGCUUGUUUGCCAUCGCCAACGCUAUGGCCGCUGGUUACACUGUUGAUGACAUUUGGAAACUCACCAACAUCGAUAAGUGGUUCCUCAGCCGCCUCAAGGGCCUCAGCGACUUCGGCAAGUCCAUGUCCGCCUUCAAUGCUACCUCUGUGCCCCUACCCAUGAUCCGUCAGGCUAAGCAGCUUGGUUUCUCCGAUCGCCAACUUGCCAACUUCUUGGAUUCUAAUGAGCUCGCCGUGCGCCGCAUGCGUGUUGAGGCUGGUAUCACGCCUAUCGUCAAGCAGAUUGAUACCGUUGCCGCCGAAUUCCCGGCCGUGACCAACUACUUGUACCUCACCUACAACGCCUCUGAACACGAUCUGACUUUCAACGAUCAUGGCAUUAUGGUUCUGGGAUCUGGUGUGUAUCGUAUCGGUUCCUCCGUCGAAUUCGAUUGGUGCUCCGUGCGUACCAUCCGCACGCUCCGCGAGCAGGGCUACAAGACAAUCAUGGUCAACUACAACCCAGAGACUGUCAGUACCGAUUAUGACGAGGCUGAUCGCCUCUACUUUGAGAACAUCAACCUCGAGACGGUUCUUGAUAUCUACCAGCUGGAAACUUCUAGCGGUGUGAUCAUGUCCAUGGGUGGCCAGACCCCCAACAACAUCGCUCUUCCCCUUCACCGCCUCAAUGUCAACAUCUAUGGUACCUCCCCCGAGAUGAUCGAUGGCGCCGAGAACCGUUACAAGUUCUCGCGUAUGUUGGAUCGCAUUGAGGUCGAUCAACCCGCUUGGAAGGAGUUGACCAGCAUUGACGAGGCCCGCGAGUUCUGUGACAAGGUCGGCUAUCCUGUGCUGGUUCGUCCCUCAUACGUGCUUUCUGGCGCUGCUAUGAACACUGUCUACUCCGAGCACGACCUUGCUAGCUACCUGAACCAGGCUGCCGAUGUCUCGCGCGAGCAUCCCGUUGUCAUCACCAAGUACAUCGAGAACGCCAAGGAGAUUGAGAUGGAUGCUGUUGCCCGUAACGGUGUGAUGGUCGGACACUUCAUCUCCGAACACGUCGAGAACGCUGGUGUCCACUCUGGUGACGCUACUCUGAUCCUCCCUCCCCAAGAUCUGAGCCCGGAGACCGUCCGCCGCAUUGAGGAGGCCACUCGCAAGAUUGGUAACGCCCUCAAUGUCACUGGCCCUUACAACAUUCAAUUCAUUGCCAAGGACAACGACAUCAAGGUCAUUGAGUGCAAUGUCCGUGCCUCACGUUCUUUCCCCUUCGUGUCCAAGGUCAUGGGUGUUGAUCUGAUCGAGAUGGCCACCAAGGCCAUGCUUGGCAUUCCAUUCCAGGAGUACCCCCCUGUGUCCAUUCCCAAGAACUACGUCGGUGUCAAGGUCCCUCAGUUCUCGUUCUCUCGUCUGUCUGGUGCCGACCCCGUUCUGGGUGUCGAGAUGGCUUCCACUGGUGAGGUUGCUUCGUUUGGUCGUGACAAGUACGAGGCCUACUUGAAGGCUCUCCUGUCAACUGGCUUCCGUCUUCCCCGCCGCAACAUCCUCUUCUCCAUCGGUGCCUACAAGGAGAAGCUUGAGAUGCUGCCCUCGAUCAAGAAGCUUCACGAUCUCGGCUACAACUUGUUCGCCACUGCUGGUACCGCUGAUUUCCUCAAGGAGAAUGGUGUGCCUGUCAAGUACCUUGAGCACCUCCCGGAUCACGAGGAGGAGGACAUGAAGUCUGAGUACUCUCUCACUCAGCACUUAUCUAACAACCUCAUCGACUUGUACGUCAACUUGCCGUCCAACAACCGCUUCCGUCGCCCGGCGAACUACAUGUCCAAGGGUUACCGUACUCGUCGUAUGGCCGUUGACUACCAAACUCCUUUGGUCACCAACGUCAAGAACGCCAAGAUCCUGAUUGAGGCUAUUGCCCGCCACUUCCCUCUCGACAUCAUCACCUCCGACUUCCAGACCAGCCACCGCACUGUUGUCCUCCCCGGUCUGAUCAACAUUGCUGCAUUUGUCCCGAGCCUUACCUCCGCUGGUUCCUCUGACUUUGAAGCUGUCUCCAAGGCUUCAAUCGCAGGCGGAUUCAGCAUGAUCCGCGUCAUGCCUGUCGGUGUUGACAGUUCACUGACCGAGUCCCGCGACCUGAAGAUUGUCCAGCAGAAUGCCCAAGGCAAGUCACUCUGCGACUUCAACGUCUCGGUGGCUGCCACUGCCACCAACUCAGACCAGAUCAUUCAAAUGACUGGUGAGGUUGGCUCUCUCUUCAUCCCCUUCAACCACCUUUCGGGCAACAUCAACAAAGUGGCCACUGUCACCAACCACUUCAGCUCUUGGCCCUCAAGCAAGCCUUUGAUCACCGAUGCCAAGAGCACCGAUCUUGCUUCGAUCCUGUUGUUGGCCAGUCUCCACAGCCGUAACAUUCACGUCAUGAGUGUUACCUCCAAGGAGGACAUCAGCCUCAUUGCUCUGAGCAAGGAGAAGGGCCUGAAGGUGACCUGCGAUGUCUCCAUUUACUGCCUGUUCCUUACCCGGGAGGACUUCCCGUCUUGCAGCUCCCUGCCCACCGCCGAGGACCAGGCUGCUCUUUGGGAGCACCUGAGCACCAUCGAUGUCUUCUCUAUUGGCAGCAUUCCCUUCCAGCUUGCUGGCAAGGAGGCCACCCCUGAGGCUGGUAUCGCUGAGUCCAUUCCUUUGCUGUUCACCGCUGUGGCAGAGGGCCGCCUGACCAUCGAGGAUGUCACCGCUCGUCUCCACGACAACCCCAAGAAGAUCUUCGAGUUGCACGAUCAGGUCGACAGCUCGCUCGAGAUUGAGGUUGACCGCCCCUACGUUUUCAAGAACCCCAAGACCUGGUCUCCGUUCAACGGCAAGACGAUGCGUGGAAAUGUCCAGCGUGUUGUCUUCCAGGGCAAGACUUCUUGUCUGGAUGGUGAGAUCACCAAGGAGGCCGUCAAGGGUGCCGAUAUGUCCACUCACCGUAUCCUUCCCACCUCCCCUAUGCAGAAGCCCGUGACUCCUAUGGCCCGCCCGGAGAGCUCGCUCGACAGACACGUUUCUGUCUCUGGCACUUCAGGCCGCCGCCUCAGGAACUUGGACGGUGCUACACCGGCCAUUGGCGAAUUGGGCCCUCCUCUCUAUGCCGCUUCCUCGCAGGUGUCCCCGUCUCUCGCCGACUUGCUCUCCCGCUCUCCCUUCCGUGGAAAGCAUGUCCUGUCCGUUAACCAGUUCUCUCGCUCGGACUUGCACCUGCUCUUCACUGUCGCCCAGGAGAUGCGUCUUGGUGUUCAACGCCACGGUGUUCUUGACAUCCUGAAGGGUCGUGUCCUGACCACCCUCUUCUACGAGCCUUCUACCCGCACCUCGGCCUCCUUUGAUGCCGCUAUGCAGCGCCUUGGUGGCCGUACCAUCCCCAUCGCCACCGAGCACUCUUCCACCAAGAAGGGCGAGUCCCUCCAGGACACCAUUCGCACUCUUGGCUGCUACAGCGAUGCCCUUAUCCUGCGCCACCCCGAUGCCAGCAGCACCGAGAUCGCGGCCAAGUACUCCCAGGUCCCCGUCAUCAACGGUGGCAACGGCUCUCUCGAGCACCCCACCCAGGCCUUCCUGGAUCUGUUCACCAUCCGUGAGGAGCUGGGAACUGUCACCGGCUUGACCAUCACCUUCACUGGUGACCUCAAGUACGGCCGCCCUGUGCACUCUCUCAUCAAGCUGCUGCAGUUCUACGAUGUUCGCAUCCAGCUGGUCGCUUCCAAGGCCCUCGCUCUUCCCGAGGAAGUCCGCCAGCAGAUCAUUGCUUCUGGUCAGCUGGUCCUCGAGUCCGAGGAGCUGACCCCCGAGAUUGUCGCUCGCUCCGACAUCCUGUACUCCACCCGGGUGCAGAAGGAGCGCUUCGAAGACCUCUCCGAGUACGAGCGUCUGAAGAACAGCUUUGUCAUUGACAACGCUCUGCUCAAGCACGCCAAGAGCCACAUGGUGGUUAUGCACCCUCUUCCUCGCAACGCCGAGAUCUCCGAGGAGGUUGACUUCGACCAGCGGGCAGCUUACUUCCGCCAGAUGCGCUACGGCCUUUACUGCCGCAUGGCGCUCCUGGCUCUUGUCCUGGCGCCCUAA